AUGGUUUUCACAUGGUGUGCUGUCAGCAGUGUGGCGGCCCAUGUCAGUGCCAAAGCUCUGUACCAGCCUGCCCAGAAGGUGUUCCUCUCAUUCUCGAUGGGUGCCAGUGCUGUCAGGUGUGUGCAAAGCAGCAGGGUGAGGCCUGCAGUGAGCUGUCAGAAGGAGCUGGGCUGUGAGCAUAAUGGAGUCUCCUAUCAGGAAGGCCAGGUAUUUCAGCCCUCGUGUGCUCUUCAGUGUCACUGUUCGGGUGGAGGGGUGACCUGUGUGCCCCGGUGCAGUGAGGAUGUUCUCUUGCCCACCCCAGACUGCCCUCAUCCUCGAAGGGUUCAACAACCAGGAAAAUGCUGUAAAGAUUGGGUGUGUGAAAAUAUGGACAACACGGUGCUUCAGGACGCUCACAUAGCUUCAGGAAGGGAUCAGACAAUGCCUGGAGACUCUGCAUACCAAACCAGACCCGGUUCAAACUGCAUAGACCAGAGCUCAGAGUGGAGCGCCUGCUCACAUACCUGCGGGCCUGGAAUAUCCACACGGGUGUCCAAUCAAAACCCGGCCUGUCGCCUGGAGAUGCAGAUGCGCUUGUGCAUGAUCCGACCCUGUCAGCCUUUUCUCCAGAGAAACCCACAGUGGUCAAGGAGGAAAUGUCAACCCAGCUACAGGUCAGCAAACCCAGUGCGGCUUUUCCACCAGGGCUGCUAUAGUACGCAGUUCUACAGGCCCCGUUAUUGCGGCUCAUGUAAAGACAACCGUUGUUGCACUCCUUACCACACACGCAUGGCACUGGUCACUUUCCGCUGCCCUGGAGGAAGACUGCUCAAACAUGCUGUCAUGACCAUCAACUCCUGCAUCUGUCAUUACAACUGCCCCUAUUCAUCCGGAAGGGCAUAUAGAGGGACACCCUUCUGGGGUUAGAAACUGACUCUCUUAUAGACUGACUUUCGAUCUAGUAGCUUCAUAUUGGAUGCUCUGAGUUUAAAAUGUCUUAUUGCGUGUUAGUUACAACGAGCCAACUCAAGAUUUGAUGUUUAAUUUCACUGAAAAAAAGAAAAAACAUUAAA